AGCUACGGCACUCUUCUCGGCGCCGAAAUCUUCCAGUCUUUUGUCGGAGGAGUUGUAGCUUUCAGAACACUUCCUCGUCCUCAGUUCUCUGCGCUGCAGAACAAACUUUUCCCCAUUUACUUCACCUUGCAGAGCGCCUUGCCAUUGGCCCUGGCUCUAACCUAUCCAGGAAGCUUCGGGUCUCUGUCUAGCAUUUCUGGGGUUAUAUCUGAGGAUAACCAGGUGACUGUUCUCUUGCCACUGUCAAUCAUCGCUGUAUCUGGCUUGACCAACCUUCUUUACUUCACUCCGCUGGUGAACGAGACUAUGAAACAGAGAUGGCACCAAGAGUCUAUUGAUGGAAAGAAGUCUUAUGAUGCUCCUCCACACUCCCAGAAGAUGACCGAGCUGAACAAAAGGUUUGGCAAGUUGCACGGCCUGUCGACUUUGGUCAAUCUCGGUGCUGUUAUCGCUACGCUGGCAUAUGGAGCUGUGCUAGGCGGUCGUCUUCAAUAA